GCUGCAGCUUGUUGGCAGAAGGAGGAGCUCAGAAGCUGGUUUCAGUACCUUGGACAGCAGCUCCGACUGACAAGAAGAGAAGGAUAGCAAUACAGUGGGUGAAGACAAGAGUUCAGAGACAACAAAACAACUAGCAGGCAGCAGAUUUUGUCUUUGAAACGUCUUUUUAUUUUUGAAAUGGGAAAGACAGGCAGGCAGUCAUUUGCAGACUGCACAUUCUGGGGCUGAGGCUAGGUUUCAGAAGUCAACAGGGAAUCAAGGUUUGCAAACAAAACAGUCCGAGGACAUUUUCUGGCACCUUAGCAUUUCUGAGUUUCUUAAAAAUGCAGUUUAUUUUUUCUUCCAUUACUGGAGAUUUAUUUUAUUAAACAAAAUUCCUUUUAGUAAGCCAUUUUCUUGAGCCAUAGACUCCUGCUAGCAGGCGCUGCAGGUCAGUCUUGUUUUACUUAUUUUAUUAUCCUGUUUCAAGUAUUCAAUAUGGAGACAUCCAAUGAGUUAAACAUUUAGUAUACAGACUGCAUUGGUCACACGUGUGUGCCGCGAUCAGUCUCAAAGAGCAGUCUGACAGAUUUUAUUCUUUUACUAUUUUUUUGCUUUUCUCUAAGUCUGUACAAGAUGAAGACAUUCUAUCUUUUAGUAAAUUUCACUUAAUACACUUGACUAUAUUGAACUGACAGAACAACACUGGCUUCCUAGACUGCAAUAUAUAUUUUAUUUAUUAGAAGAAACUUCAACUUAGUUUUUUUUUCUUAUCCAAUAUUUUGAAAAAAACCCUUAAAGAUGAAAAAGUUUAAUUUCCGUAAAGUUUUGGAUGGCUUGACUGCUUCAUCGCCAGUGAUCGGUGGAGGUGGUGCUGGUGGCAGCAGUGGAGGUGGCAUUAGCAGUGGGGGCACUUCGUACCCAGGAGGGGCUACUGGAGCUGCAGUGACUAUCAGAGAUUUGGAAAUCCAAGAGUCCCUUGCUUCAGAGCACUUUCAGAUUUGUAAGACGGUGCGACAUGGCUUUCCUUAUCAGCCAACCGCUUUAGCCUUUGACCCUGUUCAGAAAAUCUUGGCUAUUGGGACACAUACAGGGGCUAUACGAAUAUUGGGGAGACCUGGAGUCGAUUGUUAUUGCCAACAUGAUAGUGGUGCUACAGUGUUACAGCUUCAGUUUUUAAUUAACGAGGGUGCUUUAGUUAGUGCUUGUGCUGAUGACACACUUCACUUGUGGAACCUGCGACAGAAACAUCCCGCCAUUCUUCAUUCUCUCAAAUUCACACGGGAACGAAUCACCCACUGUCAUCUCCCUUUUCAAAGUAAAUGGCUCUAUGUUGGGACAGAGCGAGGAAACACACAUAUUGUAAAUGUGGAGUCAUUCAUUCUUUCUGGAUAUGUCAUCAUGUGGAACAAGGCAAUAGAACUAUCUACCAAGACUCACCCUGGUCCAGUUGUACAUUUAAGUGACAGUCCAAGAGAUGAAGGAAGGCUGUUAAUAGGCUUUGAGUCAGGAACAGUUGUUCUAUGGGACCUGAGAUCAAAACGAGUUGAACAGAGAUGCUACUAUGAUGAGGCAAUACAUUCAAUUUCUUGGCAUCAUGAGGGAAGAACGUUCAUGUGCAGUCACUCAGACGGGAGUCUGACCUUAUGGAACUUGAAAGCCCCAAGCAAGCCAUUCCAGAUCAUCUAUCCACAUGGAAAAUGUUUACGUGAUGGGAAGAAGCCAGAAUCAUGCAAACCAAUUUUAAAAGUAGAAUAUAAAACAUCUAGGAACAGUGAACCAUUUAUAAUUUUCUCUGGAGGGCUAUCAUAUGACAAGGCUUGUCGAAGGCCAAGCUUGACCAUCAUGCAUGGUAAAUCAAUUACAGUACUUGAGAUGGAUUAUCCUAUAGUUGAUUUUUUAACACUUUGUGAGACACCUUACCCAAAUGAAUUCCAGGAUCCAUUUGCUGUCGUUGCAUUACUAGAAAAGGACCUUAUUGUCAUUGACCUUACACAAAGCAAUUUCCCCAUCUUUGAAAAUCCCUAUCCUAUGGAUGUUCACGAGUCUCCAGUCACCUGCACGGCAUACUAUGCAGACUGCCCUCCUGAUCUGAUUCCAGUAUUAUAUUCUAUUGGAGCCAAGCACAAAAAGCAAGGUUAUAGCAAUAAGGAAUGGCCAGUAACAGGAGGAACCUGGAACUUGGGAACACAAACAUACCCAGAAAUUAUUAUUACUGGGCAUGCAGACGGUUCCAUAAAGUUCUGGGAUGCUUCUGCUAUAACCCUACAGAUGUUGUACAAAUUAAAAACAUCUAAGGUGUUUGAAAAGCAGAAGGUUGGUGAUGGAAAACAGAUUGCAGAAAUUGUAGAAGAAGACCCUUUUGCCAUUCAAAUGAUGUGCUGGUGCCCUGAAAGCAGGAUUUUUUGUGUGGCUGGUGUCUCAGCACAUGUCAUUUUAUACAGAUUCAGCAAGCAUGAAGUUACAACAGAGAUCCUCUCUCUAGAGGUUCGGCUACAGUAUGAUGUUGAAGAUAUAAUAACUCCAGAGCCAGAUUCAAUACCACCAUUCCCUGAAACAUCCUCACAAGGUCCAUCGUUAAAAAAUCAGAGCCUUUCUGGCAGUACCAACACUGUUGCAACUGAGGGUGUGAAGGACAACAUUCCUUGCCUUAAGGUCAAAUCCCGCCCAGUGAGAAUGCCUCCUGGAUAUCAAGCAGAGCUUACGGUCAUGUUGGUGUGGGUAGAUGGAGAUCCUCCACAGCAGAUCACCAGUCUUUCAGUGUGUUCAGCUUAUGGACUACUUGCAUUUGGGAACUGCAAUGGACUGGCUGUUAUUGACUUCAUCCAGAAGACAGUUCUAUUAAGUAUGGGUACUAUUGACCUGUAUGGUUCAAGUGACCCAUACCAACGUCAGCCCCGUUCCCCACGUAAAAGCAGACAGAUCACUGCAGACAACUUUUGCAUGCGUGGCCUGUCUAACUUUUAUUCAGAUUCAAAGAAAAGGAUCCGUACUUCCUAUCAGAGUCUGACAGAACUUGCAGAUAGCCCAGUAUCUUUGGAGUUAGAACGCUGCAAAUCCCCCACCUCAGAUCACGUUAAUGGACACUGCACAAGUCCAACAUCUCAGCCCUGUAGCUCUGGCAAACGUCUUUCCAGCGCAGAUGCAACUAAAGUAAAUCGUCGAGCUCCAGGAAGGCCUCCAUUUCGGAAAGCACAGUCUGCAGCAUGCAUGGAAAUAUCCCUCCCUGUCACAACAGAAGUAGGUUACGCUUCCAGACGGGCAAUGCUUCAGCAAUUACAUGGAGUCAGUAUUUUCUCACAUGAUGAUCACCACUCUUCUGGUUUCACAUGGAUAGAAAAAGAAAGCCGAGAAAACUCAUUCAGCCGGUCAAGGAGCUCAAGUGUUUCUAGCAUUGACAAGGAGUCCAAGGAAGCGAUUACAGCCCUUUACUUUAUGGAAACAUAUGUAUGCAAGAAUGACACUACCAUCUCUCCAUGCCUGUGGGUUGGAACAAGUCUUGGUAUGGUUUUAUUCAUUACGCUGAACCUUCCUUCUACAGAAGAACAAAGGCAAACCGAGCCAGUCAUGGUGUCUCCAAGCGGAACAGUAUUAGUGUUGAAGGGAGCUGUGCUAACCUUCUCAUGUUUGGAUUGUAUGGGAGGUUUGAUACGCCAGCCAUAUGAAGUCUGGCGGGACAUGAACAAUGUGGAUGAUAAUGAGAAAUCACGGAAAAGAAAACUAGUUACCUUUUCCCCAUCUUCCUCUCAAGAAAUGGCAGAUCAUCAGUUUGCAGUAAUCUGCUCAGAGAAACAAGCGAAAGUCUUCUCACUGCCUUCACAGGCUUGUCUCUAUGUACAUAAUAUUACAGAAACUUCUUUUGUCUUACGAGCAGAUGUGGUGACCCUGAGUAACAGCAUUUGUCUGGCAUGUUUUUGUGCCAAUGGACAUAUCAUGACUUUAAGUUUGCCUAGCCUUCGACCAAUGUUGGAUGUAAAUUACUUGCCCUUAACAGACAUGAGGAUAGCACGGACAUUUUGUUUCACUAAUGGUGGUCAGGCACUAUAUCUCUGUUCUCCCACAGAAAUUCAACGUAUCACAUAUAGCCAAGAGAUGUGUGAUAAUUUGCAGGAUAUGUUGGGGGAUUUGUUUACACCUGUUGAAACUCCCGAAAUCCAGAAUAGAGGUUUCUUGAAAGGACUGUUCGGUGGCAGUGGGCAGGGAUUUGACAGAGAAGAACUCUUUGGAGAAGCUGCUGCAGGUAAAGCUUCUAAGAGCCUGGCUCAGCAUAUUCCUGGACCCGCCGGAAUUGAAGGAGUAAAAGGCGCUGCAGGUGGUGUGGUAGGUGAACUGGCCCGAGCUCGUAUUGCCCUAGAUGAGAGGGGUCAGCGACUUGGGGAGCUAGAAGAAAAAACAGCUGGAAUGAUGGCAAGUGCAGAGGCAUUCUCCAAACAUGCACAUGAGCUCAUGCUGAAAUACAAGGACAAAAAGUGGUACCAGUUCUGAAAAUUAAACAUCUGUGCCACAUGUUAAAAUGUAACAAUCAGGGAACUGAACUUGAAUCCAUCUGACAACAGAGGAAAGCAAACAAGAAAAAAAAGACUUCAUUUUUAAGACAUUGCAUUCCCUAUGUGCAUUUGGAUUUCAUGUAAUGAAAAUCUAGACAAGAGCUGGAUGAGUAAACGACUCUAACAUGGCAUUGGACACCUUAAUACUGUUGUAGAAGAAUUUUCAAUAUGAAAUGUUUCCUGUCAUAGGAAUGAGCUGUAAUUUAGACACUUAACCCAAGCCAGCUUCACCCAGGCUUUCUGUUUCCCCUUUUUUAUGAUGGGGUGAUCACAUGAUUUUGAUAGGAACUAGCCAAUACAGUGUAAAGAUUACUUCUGUUAUGCAACAACAUUUGCAUGAGAAGUUGCCAUCAAGAAAAGCAUGUUACAGCAGAGGAUACAAGGAGAAUAUUUCUAUGUGUAAACAACACUGCUGAAAAUGAACAAUUUAUAUUUUUCAAAGCCACAUUAAAACGAGCCAACAUUUUCAAGGCAUGUGAACUGCUGUUGACAGAUUGAGCAAUUGAUUUUCCACUUUUCACUAUUUUUUGUCUAUUUUGCAGACAACUUUGCAUAAACUCAUACUUGCCAUCAGCAUCAUUUAAGAAUAUACAUGGAUAAUUCCUAAUUAUUCUACCACAUUAGUAAUAUUCCCAAGCUAAAUGUGAGCAUCUAAAGGUGCUUCUGAAUCUAUUUUCUGAUUCUUUGAAGCUUAUAAGUUUAUAAUCGAUAGCUAAAGUGCACAGAAAAUAAUUUACAAUGAUAUUACAUGCUGGAAAGACUAACGGUCAUAGUAUAAAUGUCACCAGAGCAAUGAAUUUAAAAGAAAAAAAUAUUGUACAUGUUGGGAAUAAAUGGCUUUUGAUGAGCAUGCCUGCAAUGAAAGGAAAUUACCGUGAUUUCCAAGUCUUGCCAUAAAGCCAUUAAGAAAUAUUAUGAGGUGGAAAUUGUGACUGGAUAUUUACCAAAUCAGUGAAUGUAGGCUAGUAAUAGAUAUUAGUUAUUACUAAUCUGUCCAGUGUGAUAGCCUAAUGAAAUAGAAUGUUAUAUUCUAAAAGUCACAGGACCACCACAGGCAACACGUUUUAUUAGUGUAUGCAAGCUGAGUGAGUCAGUAUACUGUUGGAUGUAAUUGUUUACACAGUUGAAUCUACGGUAAUAUUAGACAUUGACAUUUAGCCAGUUAGAGCCACCUAAAUUCUAAGUGAAAUUUCAUUUCUGAAUUUAACUCUAACGUUAUUUCUAGAGGAAAAAAAUAUAUUAAUAUAGCUGUUUAAUUUAAUUUGCUUUAAUUGUCUGUGGCCUUAAUUGGGACUGUCCUAUCUUGACUCAGAGUAAACACCUAAUAAUCUCAUAGAUAGCUACUGCGCAGGAUUGGUAGGACCAAAGUAUUUUUGUCUUAAAAAGAAAGAUUUGAUAGCCCAUAUUGAAUAUAUUUUACUUUAUAUCUGAAAAAUGAAAUUAAUUUUGAUAUGAGUCUUUUAUUGAAUAUUAGAAUUUUAGGGGUGGAGUAUACUGAAGAAGGGUUCAGAAAGGCAAGAAAGUAUUAGAGCUACUGAAAAAAGUGCCCACCUGAACUAUAUUACUUUGUUCCAAAAACAUUUUUAAUUGUAUAGUUAUACCUUCUACUUAAAAGCAUUUUAACAAGUACCAUAUACUGUCACUAGACCACAGCUCAGUUAUAGUCUGCAGGUAGUUUCUCUUCAAGAAGAUAAAACAGAAGUUUACUUUCUCUGAUGUACUUAACAAUGCAGCUUCCAAGACUCCCAGAACAUAAUGUAGUCUGGUUGUUUACUUGUAACACCAAUUUAAUCAUAGUCAAACUUGUAAAACUCAAGAAGAAUGUUAAUGGAUUAAAAAAGUGCGUGCACUUCCAUGGAAGAAAAAUGUUAACAUAGCUGAAGUCACAGAUGAUUAUAUGACAGCAACAGACUACUACUUAAUCAAACUUUCUUCCAGUGGUAAAUCUCACUACUUGUAAUCAUACAAUAUAGUGUCACAAAUACACCAGAGCCUUUCAGUGAAGGAAAGCACUGCCUUAAAGUUCUAUUUAUUUGUUUCAUUCUUUAUUGACUAGGAUAGUCCCACUUGGCUAAUGGCUUCUUGCAUCUCUGGUUUCCCAUAUAGUGUCUGGAACAACCUAAAAGUAUUCUGGAUUAUGCAAACUAAACUCAGCAACCUGACUAUAAACAUUAUAAUUAAAGCAUAUGUUGACCCGCAUGAUAAACUUCCAAUUAAAGCAAAAAUCACCAAUACACCUCUUCAUAUAAGAUACCAAUCUAAUUUUUUACUUUCUUAGACAUUCUGUUAAGAAAGAUGAAAACAUUUCAAAGAACUCUUCAUAAGUUGGAAUAUAGUCAUGUCUGUCUUAGUCUGAGAUUACUUAGCUUCAUACUGAAAUGUGUUUGUACCCUGCUCAUUAAAACUGCUGGUUUAUCUCACAUCCUUUUGUAUUUCUAUAAGAAAUCAAAUGUUGUUAUCAUGUGUUCUGUCAAAAAGGUUCAGAUGUUUCACUCCAGAUCAACUCAAAUGACUUUUCUUAUUCUUGCCUCCUUCCUUUUCAGAAGCAUUCAUUCACUCACCAUCUUGAUCACUUAUAUCUUAUAUGAUAAGGGAAUCAGUACCAGGAACAGUAUACUUUCACAACAUCUUGUUGUUUCACUUCAUUUAUGAAUUGUAAUUGAAAAGGGCUAGCAUGUGAAUGCCUAUUUAUCACACCAUGAGAUUGUCACUACUAUCAAGAUGCCCUCUUUUGCACCCUAAUUUUAACAGUGGUUGCUUUAUUAGACUGCUUUCUGUACUAGACAUACCUUUUAAAAAGUGCAGAUAUUUCAUGUUACAUUGGACAAUUGACAUGGUGCUUUAUGAUGCUUAAUUCUAGGUUUAUUGCACUUUGGUCUGUGCGUUUCCUUUUCCCUAUGUUUGCUGUAUGCUACUACAGCUGUAAGCAUCAUAUGCAUAUCUCAUAGUACUGUCCUCUCCUUCACUAUGAGUAGCAAAACAGAUUUUAUUAAUGUUCAGUAUCCAUUUAUCAUUUGCAAAUUUAUACAUCAAUAGUAAGCCUUCCACUAUGACUUAUAUGCCCUCUCAUUGGCAUGGUGAAGCUUAACUUUCUAUCUGCCUUUCUGCCUGCACUUCGUCCAAACACCUAAUUCUGUUAUCUUCUAAGGCCUUGCUGCCAGAAUAGAAAUCUGCAUGUUAAAUAUUAAAGGGAUGUUAGUAACAUUUCUAGAUUGUCUUGUGCUAGCUUUAUUUAAUUGCACUGACAUAGCUCCUUUCUUUUACUUUUACUUUUUUUGUUGUUGACUAGGGGUUGGGAGGGUGGCCUAAUGGUUAAGGUG